AUGCGGGCCGGAGGUGACGCGGCGGGAGGGGACGCAUUCACCGCCUUUCACUUCCCGCUUUUGUUAUGCAGAGCCACUCUAGACGACGGAAAGGCAGACGGCCUUGUGGCUUGCGAGCCUACUAGGCGUCCCUUCGCAUCCAUAGACAUAACGAUUCGUAUACGAGUGUCCACCGUGGCAUCAUGCGCCUCGGCACCGAUCUAUCGAGGCGCUCUAGCCGCACGUACGAUUGUGCGAGCCGCCAGGGCCGCGUUAACCUUGGCUUUUGAGCGGGCGACUUUCACGGUUAGACACGGCCGCCGUUACAUAAGAUGCGCGUUGCGCGGCCCACGGCGGCGGUGCCGUGACGACAUCGAAGCAGGCCGCUCACCGACCAACAGCAAAACCAGUUUCCACUUCGUCAACAAUAGAGUUGGGCAACGGUACAAGAGCGGGGUGCGCUCAGUGAGGGGCGGGGGCGGCGGCGGCGGCGCGGAGGAGGCGCGGCGCGGCGGCCUCAAGGCGCUGCCGAAGCGCGCCCGCACUCGCUGCAGGGGAAUGAACAUGGGGCAAAAGCUCUCCGGCGGUGUGAAGUCGGUGUCGCGCGAGUGCACGGCGCCGUUCAAGGCGGUGGUUGCGCGCGAGCUGGCGCCGGAGCCCCCGAGGCCGGCGCGCCUCGACGCGCUGUUGGACGCGCCGCCCGCCCACCCGGACCUGCAGCACAAGCACGCGUGGAAUCCGGAGGACAGAUCGCUGAACAUAUUCGUUAAGGAGGAGGACGCGUUGACCUUCCACCGGCACCCGGUGGCGCAGAGCACGGACUGCAUCCGGGGGCGGGUGGGCUACUCGCGCGGGCUGCACUGCUGGGAGGUGGUGUGGCCGGCGCGGCAACGCGGCACGCACGCGGUGGUCGGCGUGGCAACGGCGCACGCGCCCCUCCACUCGGUCGGCUACCAGAGCCUAGUGGGCGCCACCGACCAGAGCUGGGGCUGGGACCUGGGCAGGAACAAGGUGUACCACAACGCGAAGGGCACCGGCGGCAGCGGCACCACGUACCCGGGGCUGCUGCGGCCCGACGAGCAGUUCCUCGUGCCGGACCGGCUGCUCGUGGUGCUCGACAUGGACGAGGGCACGCUCGCGUUCUGCGCGGACGGCCGCUACCUGGGCGUGGCGGCGCGCGGCCUGCGCGGCAAAACGCUCUACCCCAUCGUGUCGGCGGUGUGGGGCCACGCGGAGAUCACCAUGAAGUACAUCGGCGGCCUCGAUCCGGAGCCGCUGCCGCUGAUGGAGCUGUGCCGGCGCGUGAUACGGCAGCGCGUGGGGCGCGCGCGCCUCCGCGCGGCCGCGUCCCGCCUCGCGCUGCCCCCCGCGCUCACCGCGCGCGACGCGGCGACCGCGCGGCGCCCCCACACGAGCCGCAGCCGAGCGCGCUCGCGGCGCCCCCCCCGCGCGGCGACCGCGCCGCAGCCGCACUGCGGCGCGCACGCGGAGCGGCGGUCGCGCGGCCGCACCGCCCCCGUGCCGCCGCCGCGCCGCGUCCGCGCCGCG